AUGCUUGCUCGUGCUACCUUCCGCGCCGCCUCGGCCCCAACUCUUGUCGCCCGCCGCGGCUUCCAGUCCACCCGCGCCCAGUUCUCCAGCCCAUACCACUACCCCGAGGGCCCGCGCAGCAACUUGCCAUUCGACCCAUUGAAGAGGGGCUUUGCUUUCAAGUACUGGGGAUUCAUGGCUACCGGUUUCUCCCUGCCAUUCCUCCUUGCUGGUGAGGCACCUGAUUCGAUCCUAUCUACCACAAAGAAGAACAAAUAG